AUGGACGACGCCACGGUCGCAUCGCGGCAGCGCCAGCAGCAGCCGGCCUCGCUGGCGACGACGAAGGAUUCCAGGGCCAUGAUGGCGGAGCUGGACGCGCCGCUGCACGCCCUCGGGUUCGAGAUGGAGGAGCUCUCCCCGUCGCGGCUCACCGGCCGCCUCCCCGUCACUCGCAUCUGCUGCCAGGCUAGUACUCCUGCUUUGCCGUUCAAGGUGCUGCACGGCGGCGUGUCGGCGCUGGUGGCAGAGGCGCUGGCGAGCAUGGGCGCGCACAUGGCGUCGGGGUACAGCCGCGUCGCCGGCGUGCAGCUCAGCAUCAACCACUUCCGCAGCGCGGCCCUCGGCGACACCGUCCUCGCGCAGGCCGUCCCCGUCCACGUCGGACGCUCCACCCAGGUUUGGGAGGUAAAGCUCUGGAAGAUGGAUCCAUCAACAGGAGAGAAGGGGCCUCAGAUCGCCGAAUCCAGAGUCACGCUGCUGUCUAACCUGCCGUUGCCGGAGGAGCACAAGAGGGCAGGAGAUGCUCUAAAGAAAUAUGCAUCAAAACUGUAG